AACCGAAGAUAGACACAAAAUGCUGGAGUAACUCAGCGGGACAAGGCAGCAUCUCUGGAGGGAAGGAAUGGGUGACGUUUCAGGUCGAGACCCUUGUUCAGAUUGAGAGUCAGGGGAAAAUCUAUCCCUCUCUCUCUCUCUCUCUCACUCUCUCUCUCUCAUUCGCACACAGAUACACAGACCACCCAAAUAAAUAGAAAGCAAAGAGACAUACAGGAAUUGGAAUCAAUUCUAUAUUUUCUUCUAACCAGCCCAUUCAUCAUCAUCCGUCCCCUUAAUCCGUCACCAAUCUCUCUCUCUCUCUCUCGCACACAGCCACACACACACCACCCCUUCUCUUUCCGAAAUUCCCUUUUUUAUAAGCGGUGAGAAAGGGGGAAGCGAUGAUUUCACAGGAAGUUUACGUCCACGGUGAGAAAUAGGGGUUAAUUUCGCCUAUCUCUGGACCGAGCCUGUUAAUAGGUGGAACUUGCCACGUGAUGCCACCGGCUAUAUAAAACUUUCAGGCAAGUACCACAAUGUCGUGAUUGUCGGCAGAACCGUCUCGGGGAGCGGAUCGCUAAUGCUGUUAAAUUGCGCGUUCAGGGAAUCAAAUCAGCGCCACUGUCAGAGCCCCGAGCUCAUUCGGCAAAGCCUGUGGACUAGCAGGACUGAAUAGCCAGCCUGGCGCACAUCAUCAUUGCUGGAUUGUUGCUUUAAGGUCAAGACAAGAGCUGUCCUGACGGAGCCCGGUUGAAUUUGUUCCUCUCUCUGUCUCUCUCGCCUGGAUUUCUCUUUUUCUCUCCAUACAUAUAUUAUUUAUUUUUGGGGGCCAAUAUUGCAAACUUGGUACUUUCAGAUCAAUCACUUUUUUGGGGGCUUUGAAACCGCGCAGACUAAACUCCGAGCAACGUCGUACAGAAGUGCAAUAAAGAGUAGUGUGUUGAGAGGGUGGAUGCUAUUUUCUCUCUCUCUCUCUCUCUCUCUCUCUCUCUCUCUCUCUCUGUAUCCCAGCGGCUCUUUAGUUUCCUUAAACAAAAGUAAUCUAUCGCAAGGGAACGGAUGCGACCUGGAAACAACUCACAAUUAGAGAGCAGACCAAUUUCUGAUUAGAGAAUGCUUAUUGCGGCUCAUCCAGCGAUCCCUGGAAACCUCUGCACUAACACUAGAUCACUUUUAAGCCAUAUUUGAUAGUGAUUCUGGAAGUGGAUCCGCGCUCUUGUCCAAUCUCCGGCCAGCGGGGUUGUUGCCGGUUGGGGAAGAUGAGGCUUUUUUGUUUGAGCGGCGCCUGUCUGCUGGUGACCCUGGUGUCUGGUGGUUCCACCCCGGCCCCUGGUUCCGCCGGCACCUCGCCCCCCUUCACUCCCAGCUUCUGCACAACGUGCGGCAUCGGGCAGCGGGACGAGCCACAGAAGGCGGACACGGUCUUCUUGGAAGCCGUCAAGCGGCACAUCUUAAACCGGCUGCAGAUGAAGGAGAGACCCAACAUCACUCACCCCGUCCCCAAGGCUGCGAUGGUCACGGCGCUGAGGAAGUUACACGCUGGGAAAAUCAAAGAGGACGGCAGGAUGGAAAUCCCGAACUUGGACGGCCAUGCAACUUCAGUCUCCAGGAAAGACCUGCAGGAACAAACUUCAGAGAUCAUCAGCUUUGCCGAAACAGAUGAGCUGGCGUCGUCUAAAUCACGCCUGUACUUUCUGAUCUCAAACGAGGGGAACCAAAAUCUCUUUGUCCAGCAGGCCAACUUGUGGCUCUACUUGAAAAUGCUCCCGUCCAAGGCUGCGAAGGGCACCAGGCGCAAAGUGAAGGUGAAGGUCUACUUCCAAGAAGCCGGGAGCUCGGGCAAAUGGGCGGCGGUGGAGAAGAGGGUGGACCUGAAGAGAAGCAGCUGGCACACGUUCCCCUUGACCGAGCCCAUCCAGGCUCACUUGCAGAGGGGAGAGAGGAGGCACGACCUGGAAGUUCACUGCGAGGGCUGCGAGAGUCUGGCUGUGAUACCCACCUUGGUGGACAGCGCCGACGAGUCGCACCGACCUUUCCUGGUGGUGCAGGCGCGGACACUCGACUCCAAGCACCGGAUCCGCAAGCGGGGCUUGGAGUGCGACGGCAGGACCGACCUGUGCUGCAGACAGCAGUUUUACAUUGAUUUCCGACUCAUCGGCUGGAACGACUGGAUUAUCGCGCCCACGGGUUACUACGGCAACUACUGCGAGGGGAGCUGCCCCGCUUACAUGGCCGGGGCGCCGGGAUCCGCCUCGUCCUUCCACACGGCUGUCGUCAACCAGUACAGGAUGCGAGGCAUGAGCCCGGGCUCCAUGAACUCUUGCUGCAUCCCCACCAAACUCAGCACCAUGUCCAUGCUCUACUUCGACGACGAGUACAACAUCGUCAAGAGGGAUGUUCCCAACAUGAUCGUGGAAGAGUGUGGCUGUGCAUGAGAGACCAGGGGGCAAAUGUUGCAAGGAGACUUUGCAACUCUCUAUUUUCUUUACUGCACCCCCCUCCCCUUCCCCCCCAUCCUCACUAAAGUGAGAUAUGUUGCUGCGCCGCUGAGACCAAGUUUAACUUUACCAGCUCGCUGACUUAAUCAAACCACCCAAAGUGUUGCCAAUGGGGGUGGGGGGAAUGGGGGGACAAGAUGUCGAUUUCACAGGUCCCCGUUUGACUUAUAACCAAGGUAGACACAACCUGUUGGAGCAAGGGACAGAAUCCAAGAUACAGGUGAAAUGCUGUACAUGGUGUGCACGGGUCAGUCGCCACAGUAACCCGCAGAGUGAAAGUCACUCCUCUAUGUGUCGACCUGGAUAAAAGAACAAACGCUAAUGGAGAGACUCCACACUUAAGUGGUUAAAGCGGAUCUUCCUUUACAGCAUUCUGCUUCGCUGUAAAACAAAACACAAAAGCUUAAUUAUUUAUACCGCAAAAAAACAAGACAAAAAACAAACAAACCCCAUCCUGUCUUACACUACGACAAGGCUUGUGUGUGCAUGAUCGGACCACGGGGACUAUUCUUCAGAAGGAUUGCUCCUCAAUAUGACUCGGAGGGAGAAUGGGGAUCCAGACAGCACUCUGGAGAGAAGCCUGCAGGUCCACGCAGAUCUUUGUUUUGCAACGAACACGCCAGCACCCCACCUCCUCCCUCCACUUUCAGUAACGUCUGCUCCAUGUGAUGCUACACUGCAGGCAUCUGGGAACACUGGGAGCUCUGUUCUCCAAAGUGCUCCACUCUGACUACGCCUCGCAUAGGGACGGCCUAGUCUGAAUAGAAACCUUUUUGGCGAAGAUUUCACAAGUUUCCACCAACUCAAAAACAUCGAUUCGACCAACUUUAAUACAAUAGUGUAUUAGAACACACAUCUCUGACCAUUCCGCCUUCUCCCGUCCUCUGCUCACCUAGGUUUAACCUGUGUCUCUCUCUCUGUCUCCCCGUGUGUGUGUCCCCCUUCUCUCCCUCUGUGUCUCCCUCUGUGUCUCCCUCUGUGUCUCCCUCUGUGUCUCCCUCUGUG